CGGCUCGCCGAACUCAACUGACCGACCACUACAGUCGCGUCUUGCCGGCUUUCGACAACACAUGCACAAUACCGUGUUCAUAGUACUUGCUUUCCAACAAGACCAACAUAAUAUAAUAUAAUAUCUGUCUACAAAUAUAAUUUUAUACCAAGAAAAAACAUAAAAACAACAUGUUUUUCAAAACGUUCGUCGUCGCAGUCUUGACCGUUGUGUGCACUUCCGACGCAGCUCAGAAACAGGUAAAUAAUCCAUAUAGACCGAUCUUAUAUGAUUCCUAAUACUUUCAGAUCUUCUUAACACAAUUUUUGUGAAAUUUUACGUGAUUUAAAUAAUUUUAGUAUAAAUGCAUAAAUAUUAUAGUUACCUAUGAUUUGUUAUUUCAUUUGGUGGCGAGUGAUGAUAUCUACCAGAAAUUUGACAAGGAUUUUCGAUUUUCAACGCAGGGAUAAAAUGUAUUAGUUCUACUAUAAUAUGUGUGCGAUUGUUUGGUUUUUAAUUUUAUAUGGCUGCUAACAACUUUGUUUAUCAAAAAUCUUGCUCCAAUCAAAAAUUAUUGCAAAAAACUGUCUUUGUUGCAUUUCAGAUUUAUUUGGUGCAUUGAGUUUUUUUUUUAGUUUCAUAAUAAUUGGGCAAAACCAGUAAAAACUAAACAAUUUACGAAGUUAAUGAUUUCUUUAUUUCAAUCUUUUCGUUUCCUACGAGAAAUCUUCCGCUGAAUUUAAAGAAUAGUAUCAUUUCUGAAAGAAGAUAUUAUCUGAUUAGGGGUGAGUGAAAGUCCUUUUUUGAUUUUUCUUGUAGUUUUCUUAAUAACUGAGGAAUACUGGAAAAAUACUUAGCAAAAAUGGAAAGCUAAUAAUACUAAUGAUUAUAUUAUUUUUAAUUCGUUUUAGAUUCUGAGCGGAGCGAGGAAUGUACUGGUUUUACAAUAAUGUUUUUUUUUGUGAACAACUUUUCGACCAAACAUUUUUCUCUGAUUUUCAAUUAUAGUACUUUUUCUGAAAGGAAAUUUGACUGGAGUAGUAUUUUAAAGAAGUUUUUUUCUGAUUUUCACAGUUAUUUUCAGAAUAAAUGGAAAACCAGGAAAAAACAUGGGGAUAACGGAAAAUGAACGAAAUAUAUUAUUAAAUAUUACGGCCUUUUUUUGAUUGAUUUUGUGAUACUAUCGUUUUUUUCAUACGAGAUAAAAAAAAGUAUAUGCAAAUAUAAUAUAUAAUACAGGGAUCGAAUAUAAUAUUAUGAUAUUUAUUUAUUUCAUAAUUUAUUUUGUAUUUAAUGUUAACCUAUAAUCUAUAUACUAAUUUGAUUCACGUAUCGGGUGCCAUUUACUGAACGAAAUGAUACCAUUUUCAUUUGUAUAUAAUUCCAUUUUUGACGAUUUUGUGAAAUUCAGAAAUCCAAAAACAAAUGCUAUAUAAAUUCAUUUUUUUGGAUUUUGAGAAUAAAUAAAUGCAUAUUUUAGAUUUAGAAUAAUAUUAUGACUUUAAAUCAUUUCUUAUAACAGAUUCUACCGUUUUACGAAAAUCAAUAUAUAGCGUACCUAUUGGGUGCGUUUACUUUAAUGACAUAAUUUCUUUUAUUUCCCAAGCAUUUUUCUUAAUAAUUGGAAAAAACUUCCGAAAAUAUUGCUUUUAUUGUUUUCAAUUUUGUUUUCUUAUUGCAGUUUAUUUCUAAAUAUUCGUAGAGACUUGACAUUUAGACAGAAAACUUAUAUUUGCCUUUUCAAAACGUGGUUAAAUUUUCAAAACAUUUGAACCAUUUUGGAGCUAUUUAUAGAUAUUUUAAUUUGCUAGUUUUUUACGUAAUUUAUACUUGGUACUUGCGAACAUUUUAAGUUUAAAUUUUAAUGAAAAUUGUAAAAAUUAUGGCAUUUAAAACAUGUUUAGUUUGUCAAUCCUACCUUUCCAACUUUUCGGGGCACACCCAUCAUCAGUAUCAGCUGUUUUUCUACAUAAGUAUCUAUCUGUUUGUCAUUAAUCAACGUGUCUUUUUUUUUUUUGAUAACUUAUAUACAAUUAAAGAAAUCUGCUAUAAACAUUUGAAUUUUUUUUCCUUUAAAAAAUAAAGUUAAUAAAUUUUCUUUAAGAUUCCUGUUCUUUUCUAUAAUAAUAUAUAUUUAUAUUUCCGUCGUAAAGUUGGGUCUAACUUUUUCCUGACGUAUUAUUAAAUAAUUCGAUGCAUUUAAUCUGUUGUUUCUUUAUGCAAUUUAAACAUAUAGGUAUUAAAAUAUUUUGUUUUUGUUUUCCCGUAUUAUUGUGAGGUUAUAGUACUAAAAUGUAAAGGCAAUAAGUACAAAUUUUAAAAAGAAAAUAACCUAAAAAUGUAAUUUUCUUUGUUCUUUCUUUUUUCUUCUUAAUGCUUAUUUAAAAAUUACUGUGCCGUCGUAAAUUUCGAAGGGACAAAAUUCUUUUUAAUAACCUACUCAUACUGUAAACUCAUAAUUUCUUACUUCAAAAUAAAUAUACACAUUGUUCUAGUUUUGAUUUUAAAAAUCGAGGUUCGGACUUCCCCAGAUGAAUGAUAUUAUGUUUUUUCGAGGGUUCGAUCAACGAAAUAAAAUACUGAAAUUAAACCUAGGUAUUACCUAUAUAAAUCUAUGCCUAUAGUUAGGUACAUACUAGAUUACUACAUAAUUACAACACGUGAAUAUUAUGUUAAGUAUGUAAAUUUAACCUUGCGGAUUAUAUUAUUGUUUUUGAACAGAGACAAGUUUACAGUGGUUACUCGGACGAAUACGCACAAAACGAUCACAAAUACGAGAGUCGUCAAAAUCUCAACAAAAUACCUGGCACACCGGGUGUAGAUUACCCGAUUUAUCACGUGGUUCCGGAAACGAGUUUCAAUUGCAAAGACGUACCGUACGCGCCAGGCAUGUACGCCAACGUGGAGACUGGAUGUCAGGUAAACAAUAUAUUAUAAAGAAUAAACUAUAAACUAUAAAUUAUUUUAUUAUCAUUUAUCUUAGUUAUACGACAAUUUACCCAUUUUUAUUAUGCUAAGAUCACAAUUAGUGGCGUAGCCAGUGGGCAGGUCUAGUAGACCUAAUUUUCUUCGAAAAAUAAAACAAUUUUAAAAUCAAAAACGUAUUUUUCCGUUCAUCUUAUUAGCAUAUAACAAUAUGGGCAUAAUGUGACCUAUAUGAGAUACCCACACGAAUUUCGUAUGGCAAUUGUUCAUUAGAACUAUGUAAUUACUUUUAGGAAAAUUUUAACUAGUUAAGAAAUUAGUUAAUUUAUCUAGCUUUACCAUGAAUCGUAAAAUUUUGUUCUCUAACCGACUCGACUAUGGUAAUUGGUAAUUUAAAGCUGGAUCCUAAAAUAAAUCCAUUUUUUAAUCAAUUUAUCGAGCUCUUCUUCGUAACUUGGCUGAAAUAUAUGCAUUUCGAUUUUAUUUUACUUAAAUAUUUGUUUGUAUUUUUAAACCAAUGGGGGGGGGAUAUAACCCCUAACCUAACCCUCCCUGCGUACGCCAGUGGGUAAAGUACUCUACUGCAAACAAAAUGUUUUGAUGAUAUAGCCACCAUGUAACAAAUAACAGAAAAAAAAUACAGUAAACUAUUUACCGAAAAUCAACUCGCUAAAAUACGCCCAUAAUAUUAAUAUGAAUAAAGUUAAAAAUUAUUGAGUAAAACGUUUAGUAUAAUGAUCGCAAUGUAAUUCGUUGAGAUGACUUUGAUUAGUGUUUACUGCUUCAUUCGGCAAAAUUAUUUAAAACGCUUUUUUUUUUAUACCGUCACCACAAUGACGCACGAGAUUCACUUUAUAUUCUAUAGGUAGAUACAUAAUCUAUUAUUUAUAUAUACAUACCUGUAACUGGUACUUACUGAUUGUAUAACACUAUAUAGGAAUCAUAUUAUAUGUUAAUACAACAUUUAUAUUCAAUAAAAUAAUAUUAAUAAUACAUUUAUUGGGUAAUACCUACUUAUUAUAAUUUAAAAAGUAACGCUAAUGAACUCAUUUAUUACAAAUGACAUUACCAUCGCGUCGCUAUUCAAACAAAUUUGUUACCAUAUUAUUAUUAAUAUUAUGAGAUCGAGUUUAAGAACCUUGGAAUGAAAAUGUAAUUUAACGGACUAGUUAUACAAUAUUCCUAUCGGAAAAUAAAUAAAUUUAUUCUUUGAAAAAUAUGAUCUGUUCAAGUUAAAACAUCGAUUUUGAUGUAAUACAGAAAUAUAGGAACAUUUAAAUAAAUUUAAUAGGUACCUAUCGCUUCAAAAUCAUUAUUUAUCUACCUACACUAUUUCAAAACUAUAAUAACUGCUGUAUAAAUAAAUAUUAUAUUAGUACAUUUUUUAUGAUUUUCAAAUAGCACCUGACCUAUAACAUAACUGUUACCUCAUAUAACUAGAUAUUUCUUCUUGUUUUGUUUUUUAGAUGCCAUUGAGACUUAUUCGUGUUACACACAUCAGCGCCCUUUCUAUUCUUCACGAUUUUCAGCCACUUGUCUUAGAUCAUCGACUCUAAAAAAUUGGAGGUCGUUUUACAAAUAAUCGAAUCAUCUUUUUUUGAAGGUCUUCUAAACAAUCUUUAACUAAUGAAUCCAUAGCUUAAAUAGGCAUACGUCACGACCGGGAGAUGGAUAAAACUGAUAGAAAACUGUGUAAAUAAAAUGUAUACAGUAUAACAUAUUUAGAUACUAUGGAAUUUGUAAUGUUAUUUAACGUAUAUUAGCCCUUUUUUUUCCGUGGUAAAACAUUCUAACGAUUUGAGCUACUUAUAUCUAUCGGCAUUUGACAUUAUCGCCUUUUUUUGAUUUUUUUGUGGAUACAUUUAUUUUGGUCAAGCAGAAAUGUUUCGUUAAUUAUACAUUAUACAUUAUACAUAAUCGUUCAUCAUCAUUAGUUGUACUUAGUGAUAAAAUAAAAGUUUGAACGUAAUGUAUAAGUAUAGUAGUUCCUUUUUAUAAGCAUUUAAAGUUUAAUUUUUAAUUUAAAUCAUAAAAAUUACGGCAUUUCAAAACGUUUUUAACCGACUUCGGUCAUAAUUUUAUUUGUUUUCAAUGAUUUAUCGUUUAGUACAUAAAUAAAUAUUAUACAUGUAUGAAUCCUUCAUUGUCUAAUUCUCACCUCCAAUAGUAGCACAACCAUUAGCAGUAUCGUACGUUACGUAGUAAACAUCUUUAAAGUAGGUACGUAUACUAAUAGUGAAAUCUUUAAAUAAAAAAUUUAAUAUUAUUAUAAUUAGGUAAUAGGUAGGUUAUUGGUACCUGCAGGUAAGGUACCUACUGAUAAAAAUAGAAGGUAAAUUAGUGUACACAAUGAUCAAUUUGGAGUCAUUUCGACAUUUGUAAUUUAAUUUUCUAUUAACCUAACAAAAAAUGGGAGGGAGGAGGAUAAUAUUAUUUGUGUAGUCAUCAGAAAAAUAAAAGUCUGAACAAAAUCGCGAGACCCCACCGUAUAUAUUAUAAUAGUAUUAUAUAUAAUGACCGAUUUUAUUUAUGUUGAAAAUCAUCAUCGUUAAUAAUAAUAUAAUGAUAUAUAUAGUCAUGAUAUUAUCGGUUAGUAAUAGUUGGAAACACGAAUGUUUUUUUUAUGAAGUUUGCGAGUAUAUAAGUACAUUGAAAUUGAAAUUAACCAAUAAUAAUGAUGAAAAACGUGCUGGAUAAUAUUGCCAGUGACGUAAGUAAUACACAAUAAUUGUAUUAAUAAUAUAAUAUUAUGUUCCUAUAAUAUCGAGAGCCUCCCUCAAACAGUACUUAAAAAAUAUAUAUAUAUAAUAUUAUGCAUGUACCUACUAUGCGGUGCUCAUAUCGUAAUAGGUUAUAACAGAGAAAGUCUACUGAAUUUACAGCUGCACACUGCACACUGCUUUAUUACGAAAAUAAGAACCAUACAAUACACUGGAUUUUUUUUAAUAGGUACCUCUACCUGCUUAAUUUAUGUUUAAAAUCCGAAAUAUAUUAUUUUAUAUAUUAGCAUCAUAAAACUACAUUACCAAAUACUAAAACUAAACAUUUCUGUUUAAUAUAAUAUAGAUACUAGGUAAAUAUCUCACAGAUAGGUACUUAGUAAUAACCUAAAUGAUUAAUUGUUUAUUAACCAUAACUCAUAAGUAUCAAUGAUUGAGCGAGUAAUUGUUAAAAUUAAAUGGUAUACUUGUCUUUUUGUCAUAAAAAAUAAAUACAUUAUAUUGCGAAUAACUAUAAGCUUGUAGUGACAAAUAUUUUUCUUAUUCAGAAUCUUUUUCCGAAUGCAACAAUUAAACAAAAUAAUAUAUUUCCCACAUUAUAUUAAAUAUUUCAAAUUUUGUGUGCCAUGAAUUUUUUUCAUUUUGCUGUGUAACGAAAAUUAAUGUUUAAUAAAAUGUAUAGAAUAAUAUUAUAAUAACUAUCGUGCAUACAGCUAGAUUAUUUGUUGUGAGGUGAUGAAUUAAAAUUAAUUUAGCACCUAAAGGAAAAAUAAUUCAGAUUCAAAUACCAGUAUAAAAAAUGUUAAAGAAUAAUAUAAUUAUUCAAGGUCAUAAUCAUAUCAUACGUAUCAAACCACAUAGGUACCUAUAUUUAGUAUUUAACCAAAGAUAAUACCUUUAGUUUCCCUACAAAAACAUAAUGUUGUAAUAUAUUAUAUUUGUAUUUUGUACCUAUGUUAAUUAAGCUACAGCCAGCAUUGUUGUUUUAAUAUUAUGAAUUACUGUAUUUUCAGGCUUACCAUAUUUGUCACGACGGUCGCGAGGGACACCAGGGAGCAUCUUUCUUGUGCACAAAUGGUACUCUGUUCAACCAGAAGGAAUUCACGUGCGAUUGGUGGUACAAUGUAGAUUGUAGUAAAGCAACAUAUUAUUACGAGUAAGUGUUAUGUAAUUUACUUUUUUCUUAAUUUCCAAAUUCCCAAAAUUUGAACCGUAUAACUUUAUUGGCUUAACACGAUUGUGUUUUAAAAAACUAAACCCUUAUUUAAUUAAAACCAAAAUCUAAAUACCUACAUUAUUAUUAUCAUUUAUACACGGCCAAGCCUUUUUUACAAGAAAUAAGUACAAUUUAGUUCCAUACAUUAUUUUUCUUGGUCUUUAAUGUUUUUAUUGAUUGAAUGCAGUUCUCUAUGAUAACUUAGUUCCUUCAGCUCUCGACAACUUUUUACUCCCAUGUCCUAUAAACUUUAUGGCAUAUAUUUCAUCCUUUAUUUUCUCCGACGAUAAUGGUAUUAUUUAACAAUGAAUAUAAUGAAAAUAAUUCUAGAAUAGCGAAUUCAAUAAACUAGCUCUUUUUCUAUAGCUAUAACUAUAAAAAAUCUGUUUAAAACUGAAUUUUAAAUUUGUCUACAUCUUUUGGAGAGUUGUUAUUAUUAUAAUUAAUAUAUUAAUAUAAGUUGUAAUUUUUCCCUCCAAUAAUUGUAAUAAUAAUGUAUUUGAUACAAUAUCAAAGUUUUAAUGGAUUUCCAUUUGUAAUAUCCCUGGGUUGUAACCUUAUAAUGUUAACCCCUAUAUGGACAAUAUAAUAUUGAAACAUUCCAUGUAAUGCUUAUUUUAUUUAUAAUAUUUAGCCUAAACACAGACCCGACAAAAAAUCCAUUUGCUCCAAAACCUAAAGCCACCGAAGAACCAUAUAAGCAACCAUACAACAAUUAUUAUAGCACACCAAAAUAUUACCAGUAAAUAAAUUUUGUCAUUUUUUUUUUAUAUAUUGUAAAUAUUAUAUUUUAAUAAUAGUAUUACCUAUUUUGUCUACUAUAUCUAAAUGUUGAGCAUAAAAUAAAUAUGUUAUUUAAAUAAAAAUAAAACUGAAAUAUUUACCAGCGACUACUAGAUUUAUUUACAGAAUAUAUUAUAAUACACAUUUUGCCGAGCAUUAUUGAAAUUUAAAGCUCUAAAUCAAAGUUCACACUUCCCAAUUAGCGAUGCCAUAUUGAUGUUGAAACCACAGGAUACACGAUUCAUAGAUGCUUUUCUUUUCUUUUCUUCAUUUAUUGCACUGUCUGACUGUGGGUCGUUUGAUUAAAUUUCGGUUCAAGAACGAGACCAUGGUUUUUGUUUCUACCUAUUAUAGAUGACAUUAGCGAUUUUGAAAAUGCAUAUAAGGCACGUAAUUAUUACAAACUCAAUGAUGAAUCAAGCUAGGAAUUUUUCAACAUAAGCCCAUAAAAUAGAAUACUAAUAAAUACAAUUAUAGAUUUCUUCUUUUAGUUACCUAGAUUUAUUAUUUAUAAUUUUUAAAAAUAUGAAAACUGUAAACUUAUAUAAAUAAUUAGUUAUAUUAUAAUGAAUAAUCAAAAUAAAUUAUUAUUUCAAAAGGUGACAACAUAUUCAAUAUAGUAAUCACAUUGUGUUUUUGGUUCAUUAGUUAAAAUUUUUAAAACUAAAACUCUUAUAUCACUCAUGGAAUGAUUGUUAACGUUUAUCAGAUCUUUAAAUGAAUGAUAAAACUUUGGAUGUUUAUGGUCUUCAUACAAGCCCUCGUGUCUUCUUUGAUACCUUCGAUAGUCACAAUUGAACUUCAAUGCUGUUUCUAGGUCAUCUCGAUGUACAACAUGAAAAACAAUAUCCUUAAACAAAUAAUC